UUUGUACGUCUGUUGCACAAUAACACGAUAAAAUUUUGUAAACACGGAACGACAGUUAUGGUUAAGGUAGUGGAGUCUUUGCACGAGGAUAGUUCGUUGAAGGCGUAGUACUGUCAAACUAAAUUUAUACUGAAGUGGACAAAUUGUUUUUGUUUGCUAUUUAUACGUACACAGGUUAAAUAAUGGAAGAAAAUACGGAGUACUUAAAACUCCCUGUUGAGGAACAGUGUGUACAUAAGCAAUGGAAGGCCAGACUACAUGGCUAUGAAGAAGCAGCUAAAAUCUUUCGUCAAGUUGAUGAUGAGAAAUCCCCGGAAUUUGCUAAAUAUUUAGGUCUGCUGAAGAAAUUUGUUGUGGACAGCAAUGCAGUUGCUCAAGAAAAAGGCUUGGAGGCUGUGCUGGCAUUUGUUGAAAACUCUGCUUCAGCUGGAAAGACUGUUGGUGAGGUUAUGGCUGGUAUUGUGACUAAAUGCAUAGCUGCUCCCAAGACAAAGACAAAGGAGUUAGCGGUCCAGAUUACUCUGAUGUACAUAGAAAUAGAAAAAUGUGAAGCUGUUCAAGAGGAACUACUGAAAGGAAUGGAACAUAAAAACCCCAAAACUGUGGCGGCUUGUGUUGCAGCUAUGACGGAAGCUCUUAGAGAAUUUGGUAUUAAAGUUAUAAACAUAAAGCCAUUGGUGAAGAAAAUACCAGUUUUGUUGGAAGACAGGGAUAAAACGGUCAGAGAUGAGGGCAAAGCAUUAGUUAUCGAGAUGUACAGGUGGAUUGGUGCUGCGCUGAAACCACAGCUUACGGCACUGAAACCUGUCCAGGUCACUGAAUUGGAAACAGAGUUCGAAAAAGUGAAAGGGAUGAAGGUGGCUCCAACUCGUUAUCUGAGAUCUCAGCAGCAGAAGCAAGCAAAGCUAGCUGCUGAAAUGGCGGCAGGUGACGACAUAGGAGAAGAGGACGAAGAAGAUGGAGCUGCACCUGAAGUAGAUCCUUACGAUCUGAUGGAACCCGUAGAUAUUUUAUCAAAGUUACCAAAAGAUUUUUAUGAAAAAUUAGAGGCAGUGAAGUGGCAAGAACGAAAAGAGGCUGUCGACAGUCUGGAGCAGUUACUGCAAACGCCUAAACUAGAAAAUGGUGACUAUGGUGACCUCGUCCGCAGUUUAAAAAAGGUGGUAGGCAAAGAUACAAAUGUUAUGGUGAUAGCUGUGGCAGGUAAAUGCUUGGCUGCUCUCGCAAAUGGUUUGAAGAAACGCUUCCAGCCCUAUGCCAGCCAGUGCAUUCCGACCAUACUGGAGAAGUUCAGGGAAAAGAAGCAGAAUGUCGUGACUGCACUGAGGGAGGCAAUUGACGCCAUAUAUGUCAGCACGACUAUAGAAGCAAUCCAAGAAGAUUGUUUAGAAGCACUCGAAAACAAGAACCCUAGUGUCAAAGCUGAAACUGCAUCAUUUCUUGCACGUUGUUUUACUAAGUGCACUCCGAUGAUGCUGACGAAGAAGCCGCUGAAAGCGUAUACUACAGCUUUAUUGAAACUAUUGAAUAACCCAGAUCCAACUGUGAGAGACAAUGCCGCAGAAGCCCUUGGGACAGCAAUGAAAGUAGUGGGAGAGAAAGCAAUAAUGCCUUUCCUAGCUGAUAUUGAAGCUAUAAAAAUGACAAAAAUUAAAGAAUGUUGUGAAAAGGCAGUUAUUGUAGCUAAAGUACCAAGAGUUGUCGAGAGGCCCAGUUCAGCUCCUACUAAACUUGGAGGGGAUGGAGACGGGAAAACUGUUGGUGCAAAAGCUGCCAAAAAGUCUGCUCCUAGUGGCACAAAGAAGGUUGUCAAAAAGGCAGUUUCAUCAGCUCCAGCAGUUGGCAGUGGAAAGAAGCUGCCUGCCCAAAGUACAGAAAAAGAAUUGAGUGAGGACGUAGUAGAUGAAAUACUGUCAGAAAUUUUGCCUGGUGAUUUAAUCUCAGGUCUAGAAGACACUAACUGGAAAGUUAGAUUGGCAGCAGUAGAACAGUUUGUUGAGGUUGUCAGAGAGUUGGAUCCUGCUGACAGGCCAACGCAAGCCCUUGUUAGAGCUCUAAGUAAAAAGCCAGGUUUGAAAGACACAAAUUUUCAAGUACUGAAGGCAAAAUUGGAGGCACUAAAGCUUUUAGCAGAAACUGGAGAAAUGUCGAGUGUAUCAGUGGAAUGUUGUGUAAGUGAUGUUGCCGAGAAACUUGGUGACCCGAAGAAUGGUACGCUAGCGGCAGAAACGUUGACAGCACUAGCAGAAGCAACAAAAUUGGACCCUGUGGCUACAGCAGUAUUGGACUUCGCAUUCAGCCAAAAGAGUCCUAAGGUCCAAAUAGAAGCACUGAACUGGCUAGCUGAAGCCAUAAAGGAGUUUGGAUUUGUUGUGCAGCCGAAAGCACUGAUGGACAGUGUGAGGAAAGCAGUGGGAGCCACACACCCUGGUGUGAGAAGUGCUGGGAUCGCCUUCACGGGGACGCUUUACCUGUACAUUGGGCAACAGUUGUCAGUCUUCUUUGAGGGCGAAAAGCCGGCCCUUUUGCAGCAAAUUACUGCAGAGUGGGAGAAGCAUGAUGGGGAAACCCCACCUGAUCCUGUGAGGCGUCAGAAGGGUGCCGAUGGAGACGCUGAGUCACCGGAAGAAGUUAAAGUGAACAUGCAGGACAUGAUGGAGAAAGUAGACAUCAGUUCCCACAUCACUGAUGCUCUGCUCAGUGAGCUAGCUGACAAAAACUGGAAGGUUAGGAUUGAAGCACUGCAGAAGCUUGUGAAUAUCGUCAACGAGCACAAAUACAUUUCAAGUAAUCUGGGAGAUUUGCCUCCUGUCCUCGCUCUCAGACUCGUUGAUAGCAACAGCAAGAUAGCAGUGGCGGCCAUUGCAUUUUGUCAAAGCCUUGGUGCUGCCAUGGGCUCCCAGUGCAAAGUACACGUCCGCACCCUGUUCCCCAACUUCUUGCAGGGACUCGGUGACAGCAAGGUGUGGGUACGGUCGGCUGCGUCAGCUUGUAUAAACACCUGGGGUGACCAGUGCGGUUACAAAGUCUUUUUUGAUGGUGAAAUGAUUGGCGACGCUUUGAAAUCUGGAAGUCCUGUGCUAAGAUCAGAACUCUGGGCUUGGCUCGCCGAGAAGUUACCGGACAUACCUCCAAAAUCUUUCCCCAGAGAAGAACUGACUGUGUGUGUGCCUCACUUAUUUUCUAAUUUGGAAGACCGCAAUGCAGAUGUGAGGAAAAGUGCUCAGGAUGCAGUUCCGGCAUUUCUAAUACACUUGGGCCACACGUCGUUGAUGAAAGCUGUGGCAAAACUGAAGCCGGCUACACAGUCUGUUAUUACACAAAUUAUCAUGAAAGCAAAUGUGCCUGUGAAGCAAAUGGCAGAUGAAGAGCAGGAGUGUGUGAAGACUGUGAAGAGUGGAGGAGCAAAGGCAGCUGGGAGCAGUACGGCUGUUAAGAACAAGGCAGCUGCCCCAAAAAGUGGAAAGACCGGAGGACGAAAAAAAGAUGAAGAAGCAGAUACAUCUCCAUUGUUGCAAAUAAAUGGCCAGAAACAUCAGAGGUUACUUGAUGAACAAAAGUUAAAAGUACUGAAAUGGAACUUCACAUCACCGAGGGAAGAGUUUGUGGAGCAGCUAAAAGAUGCUAUGACAGCUGCCAAUGUUAACAGAACGCUAACAGCCAACAUGUUCCAUUCAGAUUUUAAGUACCAUUUGAAGGCCAUUGACAUGCUGAAUGAGGAUCUGCCAAACAAUCCUGCAGCAACAGUUGCUAAUCUGGAUUUAAUACUAAAAUGGAUGACAUUGCGUUUCUUUGAUACAAACCCAUCAGUGAUAUUGAAGGGGCUGGAGUAUCUGCAUACGGUAUUUGACUCCCUAAUUGAAGAAAAUUACAACAUGUUUGAACAGGAGGCACUGUCAUUUGUGCCGUAUCUCAUUUUAAAGAUUGGGGACCCAAAAGAUGCUGUACGUAACAGUGUGAAAAGUCUUUUUAAACAACUGGAACGUAUAUACCCAGCAUCUAAGUUGUUUGUUUACAUAAUGGAUGGUCUGAAGUCAAAAAACGCCAGGCAACGGACAGAGUGUCUGGAGCUGCUGGGGUAUUUGAUCGAAGGGUACGGUUUGUCUGUGUGUCAGCCAUCACCAGUAGCAGCACUGAAAGAAAUUGCCAAACAGAUAUCUGAUAGAGAUAAUUCUGUAAGAAAUGCAGCAUUGAAUUGUGUAGUCCAGGCAUACUUUAUUGAAGGGGAUAAAGUGUACAAAAUGGUAGGACAGAUCUGUGACAAGGACCUGUCUCUCCUAGAGGAAAGAAUAAAGCGUGCUGCCAAGAACAGGCCGCCGUCCGCGACGAGGCAGUCACCGCCUAGUGGCCGGCCGUCAAGCCAGCCGCAGUUGCCAGCACGGCAGGCCCAGGUGCAGAAGGUGACGCGGCAGGGGAGCGAAGGCAGCAUCCAGAGGGAGACGGUGGCUACGCCAACACAUCAGGAGGUGGAAGUCCCUCCAGCAGAGCCUCAGCCCAGGCAAACUCCUCCGAAGCAACAGCGACCUGUCUCUGGGCGUUUUGGUCUGGACCCAGAGCUCUUAGCAAAGAUAGAAGGAAAGGGCGUCAGCUUGAGUGCACCCAAGCUGAAUGAGUUUGACUUGAAGGACAUCUUGGAUGACGGGACGCCUAUCGACAUGCCAAAACCUGGAUAUCAGAACUCAGGGAGUCCUGUUUCAUACCAACCGGUGAAGCAGAGACUGCCAGCAUCUUAUGCGCAGGCGUCGCGCCCCGAGGAAGUGAUAGAGAUGGGCAUCUCCAACGUGACGAACCCUGACAUCAACGUGGCGUGGCAGGCUUGCGUGCAACUCGAGCUGGUCGUGCAGACAGAGAACGUGAGCUUCCUUCGAGGCAAGGAAGACCACCUGGUGCUGGCCUGUGUGAUGCAGCUGCGCCUGCUAAACUCUAGCUCCCCCCACUCGACGCCGGGCGACCUGCUCGCCCGGGGCUACCGCAACCUCUUCCUGCUGCUCAUGUCGUUUUUUGAAAAAAGCCAACUCGCCAAGCGCGUCUCAAAGAAGGUACUGCACGAUCUUGUGUACCAGCUGUUGGGGCUGCUCGUUGAUAGACACCUGGAUGAAUUGGAAAAUGGUGACUCCUUUACAAGAGUUGUUAAUGUCAUGGUAAUGAGAAUAAUUGAAAAUUCUGACCCUACUAACAUUACCAGUGCCAUGAUGAAAUCUCUGCACGACUGUGUAGCUAGCACCAAUGCAUCGGCUCGGUUCACCGAACUGGUUAUGAAGUGCUUAUGGAGGAUUAUUAAAUUACUUCCCCAAUGGGAAGAAGAAACUGAUUUUGCUGUUAUUUUGUAUGACAUACAUCUGUUUCUGAAGGAUUUCCCUUCACCGGUGUGGAAGAAACGGCAGUCGGAUGUCCCUCUACGCACGAUAAAAACUUUCAUUCAUACUGUAACCAAAAUAAAAGGAAACAGAAUACUGAAUUAUUUAGGACGCAUCGAUAAUGCCAGUGACUCUGAGCUACAUUCCUAUUUAAUAAAAUUACUAAAGAAUGCGAAACAAGAUGAUGUGAAGUCAUCAACAGAGAAGGAUGCUAAAAUUCCCAACCGUCACACCAAAGUGCCCUAUGGCCAACUCUCGGAGAUAUUCAAGAAGAUAGGCAUGAAGAAUCACACAAGAGAGGGUCUGGAGCUGUUGUACAAUUUCAAGGAGCAGUAUCCGGAUGCUAACUUGGACUCUUUCCUGAGGAAAUCCUCACCGCAAUUCCAAGACUACAUUGCAAAAGGCCUCAAGAGUAUAGAGAUGGAAAGGAAAAAAGAACCUUUUGCACCAGCAAAUACUGUUUUCCCAGUUGAAAGCACAAUGAAGGACAAAGAGGUACCUGCAAAGAACAACACACCCAGAGUCGAGAAUCUCAUAGAUGUCGACAGAGAUGGCAGGCCCACAUCGAAGGAUGCGCAGUAUUACCUGAAGAGGCUGCAGAGGCUCCAGGCCGACGCGGGCCUGACACCUGCAAACAUUCCACUCGGUUUGACCCUACGUCAGCAGACGACUGUGUCUGACAAUAAUAUUCCAAACGAUGAAAACCUGAAUGUGAGGGUACUGAAGGAAAACCGCAGUGAGAUACUGCCCACUUCGCGGAGUGGAGCAGAUGGAGUGGAGAGGCUGAGAAAGAGGUUGGAGGCACUAAAAUCUACAACUAAAUGAGGCCUGAUGCUGUUAACUGUCCAUGAUUAAUUUCAUAAAAAUUAAUAUAUAUAUAUGUAGAUAAUUUUAUAUAUAGACGGUGUGCACGCGUAAUACUUCGGAAAAUUAAUGGCUGUCAUAAAGUAUUUCAUGAUGUUAUGUAGGAAAAUUUUUUAUAAAAGACUGAGCAUACAGUUAUACGAUUAUUAAUUUAUUAAUGUGUUACAUCUAUUAAUAGUGAAACUUGAGAAAUAGAUUACAUGACUGCUAGGAAGCUCGUGCACGAAAAGGAUUAUAGUAAGACACAUUCUCAUUCACUUUAUUAAGACUGGAGUGUCUGUUGUGCAAUUGGUGAUGUGUAACUUAUAUCUAAUUUAUUUGUAUUUUUUUAAUACUUCGGCAGUAUUGACCAUUGAUUCAAUCACGUGUAAAGACUUUUUUAAUUAUUUUACAGCUACAUUUUUAUUUUGUUUAAAUGUUAACAUGUUGAGAACCUGUGACUAUUUUUGCAGAUGGUUGGAAAAUAAACUUGUAGUUGAAACUUCGAA